ACCACGAUGGCCCUAACGGUAUUCCGUAAAAUAGUGAACAGUUCUUAACCAGGACAAAUUCAUGAUUCUCCAUGUGCUUGAUAGAGAACAUGAAGCAAAGUUUUCCUAUGGGAUGGUUGCUGUCGCCGUCUGUCAAAUGGCCGGUGCGCCGUCGGACGCCGCAAUCGACGACCCGGUUGUGGUGAAAAUGGCAACGUUCGCCGCCAGUGAGAUAGGAAGCGAGUACGAGCUUGUAAAUGUUCUGUCUGCAACUAAACAGGUUGUAAACGGAAUGAUUUACCGCAUGGAGCUUAUGGCUAAAAGAAAAAUACAGAAUACAAAAAACGUAAAGAGGAAAUGUACCGUCAUUGUUUACGAAAUCAAACAUCAAAACUACCUCGAACUGGAAGAAUUUCACUGCCACUUUCACAACAAACAACCCAGACUUUAAACAACUGCAUCAUCGUCAAUUCACAGAAAAGCUUUCAUCUGGAAUACAAGCACCUACAGCCUGUGACAUCAUGUCAUUCAUGGUUUCAUUGUAGCUUAUGAUUCUGACAUUCAUGUACUUCCAAACUGAUUAUUAAAACGAAAUAAGCAA